AAGACGUAUCUAUUUUGCUUUUGCACGAUAUUUGAACUGGUUUUUCAGUUAGAAUAGAACGUUGUUUGUUGUGUUGUGUUGUUGAACAUGAGUGACAGUGGCGUAGAUUGUGUCGAAGGUGAAAGAGUGCACUUAGGCAACUUCAGUUCACCUAAGGUGCUCUGUGAAGAGCUGAGCUCCAUUGCCACUGAUGGACAGUUACCUGACGGGUUUCAGUUGCUAAAACCUGAAUCUUCAGGAAGACAAAGGCACAAUUCUUUGUGUUCGCCAAGCAGAAAACACCCCGACCAACGGAGGCGAUCACGUUCUGUACAACUAGACAAAUCAAAUGAUUUGCACUUCGAAAAGAAGUCUCUACAGAAGAAAUUUGUCAGUACAGCAGAAGCAAUGUACAAAUUCCAGAGAAGUACACCUGAGAGAUUCCAUACAAAGCCUGUUAUAGAUGGUUCACAGAGGUGGCAGGCUAGCCAAGUAAACCCAUCUUACAAGAAAUUACGGUGUACUGUGCCACAGUCACCUAACUUCACUUCUCAUUUACGUGUCAGACCUGUAACUUACCCGUCAAAAGAGGAGCGGGAGGAGGCUGAACUGCAGCAAAUGCAAAAGUACAUUUUCAAGGCAGCACCAUUAAAAGCUGAUAUCUUAAAGGAACCACAAUUGCCCAAGAAAGUUGAUCCAAAACCAGUGACGAAACCUAGCCCAUUUCAGUUGACUGAAGUGAAGAAGUUCACAGGGGCUGCAAAACUGAUCAACGAAUCUCAAACUGUGCGUACUAACAGGAACAUAUUUCCAUAUGAAAAGCGGGCUGCAAGAUCUGAACAUAAUACUGAUCAUCCUGUGUGGGAGAAAAAAGUCGCAGAAGCAGUAGCUAACAAGGAUAUGGAGCAGAAGGGUGUAAAGAAAGCAACACCUAUAAAGCGUGUAACAGUACCUGCACCAUUCACAUUUGAGGAGAGGGACAGAAUAAGACAGCAGCAGAAAGAAGAAAAAAUAAGACAGGUUUUAGAAGAGGAGAAAAGAGCUCGGGAAUUCCGUGCAAAUCCAAUACCCAAAUCAGUAAAAUGUUCAGUCUCACAAUCAGAAUUAAAAUCUCACCCUCCUACACAACCCGAACCUUUCCAUUUGUAUACUGAGGAAAGAAGAGUGCAGCAUGAAGAAGCACUGAAAGCAAAACUUGAAGAAGACCGUCGAGCAGCAGAAGUGACACAGUUCAAAGCCAGGCCUCCUGUUGUCCUCAUGAAAAAACCUUUUGAACCAGUGAAGCCACACCGUGUGUUCAAAGAAAUAACAGCUAUAUGUUUAAAUACUGAUAUUCGUUCAAAAGAGCGUGAAAGAUUUGAAAUGAAAAUAAAGGAAAAAGAAAUGCUUAUGGAAGAAUGCAGGAGACAACUCAAAGAGGAGCAGGAAAGAGAAGAGGAAGAAGAAAAAGCAAGACUGCGCAGGGAGGCUAUUCAUAAGGCCCAACCCAUUUCCAAAUAUGCUCCUGUUGUAGUUGCAAAAUCUACAAAAGAACUGACUGUACCAGAAUCACCAUUUUCAAGAACUAAGACACACAAACACUGACUGAGGUUUUAUGACUUGGCACUAUUAUGUAUUUGUAGUCCUUGUUUAUUUUUGAUAUGUUUUAAAACUAUAUAUUAAUAUUCUUUAAAAGCAUGUUUAAUAAAGUCUCUUGUAUAAUUAAAUGUCAAUAGUUGUCUGUAGAUAAGAAUGUGUCUAUUUUUAAUUAGACUGGGAAAGUUACAUAAAAGUAUCUACCAAAAGUGAUUACUUUAUAACAAUGGUAAUAGUGUAUGACAGAAGGGCUCAUGUUGUUUGUACAUGAGCUUUUUCAAGAGCUAAUACAAGUAAACAAAACAAAUGAGAUUUUAUUAUUUGCCAAUGUAAUUUUAUAUUUCUUGUU